AUUUAGCUAACCUCGGAAGCGGACACGCUUAGAACAAAAGACACUAGAGCGCACUGCGAGCAGCUCGUGCAUGCCGGUAAAGUUGUCAAUUGAUCAACUACGAGAUCUCUUGUCGGUGCGGUUUUUUUUCGAAAUUUGUACCCCACACAUCCUACACUCAAUCAGUCGCACGCUACGCUCACUCCAUCCGCCGUGUGAGACGCGUAAUAAUACUAUUUUUAGAAGCGAUCGCAAAACAAAGCAACGUGCUGAAGCAACCAGCCACCAGCACAGCGUUCGGUGUUUGUGGGGGCAUACAAAAUAAUAACAUCUUGGCCAGCAGUAAAUUUAAUAUCUCCUCCGGACGACGCAACCAUUCGCCCCUUCGCCGCACACUCUUAAAUAUCGUUCAAUGAGUUUUGUACUCUACUAAAAUUAAUUCUCUAUACGCCACCUCAGAUCGGUCCUAGCGGAGCAUCCGACGAUCUACGCGUAGUCGCUAGUCACCUGCAAACGUACAAGUGACGGACACAAAUCCAAACAAACGCUCUGCCGGCAAUGAUAAAGUACUGAAAUAUUUGAUAUAUUCUAAAAUUAAUACAAGCGUCGGAGAAUCCGAGGCACCGCACGCCAACUCUUCAUUUGCAGCUAGCGAUUGCAACAACAGUUCGAGCUAAAGGCAAAUCGUCACAUGAGUGCUUUGCCACUUGUUAAUCGUUGAUGUUAUAGCAUUUGCCUACCCUUGACUGCAGUUAGUCCAUCAGGAGGCCGAGCGGCUCGAACAUUUUUUUUGUGAUACAAGUCUCAUACAAAAGAUGGAUAGUGAGAAAUACUCCUUGCGGCACAGACAGAAGCGCAAGCAAGCAGUAGGAAGAAUCAUUGAGACCCAAGGAUAUGCCAGUGAUAACUCCAACGAAUCAUUGUCAAGCUCAAUUCAGUCAAAGAGCCCACCCUCAAAUAUUGGAAAAUCAAAGACGAAGGCAGCGCCUCUGAGCAAAUAUCGAAGAAAAACCGCUAAUGCGAGGGAGCGAACACGUAUGAGAGAAAUUAACUCGGCCUUCGAGAACUUAAGACAUUGCGUGCCAGCGUGUAUUACGAACGAAGAUGUGGGAACCACCAAUGAGAAACUAACGAAAAUUACAACUCUUCGUUUGGCCAUGAAGUACAUACGGGUUCUCUCAGAAGCCCUAGUUAACCCACAAAAAGCCGACUACGAAUUCCUGUACGAAUGUGCUCUUUUCAAACCCUAUCAGAGGGUUUUCAUUGAAAGCCCCGACGAAAUGGACGUUCCAGAACCCUGUUUGAAGCGGGGAAAGGUGAAAAACUCAAAAACAACUGCUCCAAAAUCAAACGCCUCCCGCAAGGUAUCGCCCACUAAAAAACAGAGCAAAAAAGACAAGUUAAAUGACGGUCAACCACUGUUAUCAUCGCCCAUUCCCAACCUAUGUCAAGCAUCACCCGCCUCGAAUGCCUCAUCAGCGUAUGCCUCAUUGUCAUCCUCGGACUCUUCGGCUUCCCCACUUUCAAACUCUUCUCAUCGAUUUGAAUGCCAGAGCCUCAAAAACAGUAUGAACCGCGUCCAACACCGCCAUCUAUCAAUGUCUGACUUGAGCAAUUUCAUGGUGGAAUCCGAUGGAGAAUCACUUCACUUAUCCGAACAUAGUAUGAGUCCGCUACACACAAAACACAAAAUAACACCAGUGACUAGUGAUCCCUUCGAUUGUUCUCCCAGCGACAUGCCAACUUUGGAAAAUCCCUUGGAAUUGAGCCUUCGUCUGAUGGAACCCACCAAUGACUCAUUGACCCUCUCGCCUGCUCAAGUGACGCCCUCGUCGUCAUCCUGUUUCAGCCCCCUAAUGAAUUUGGAGCCAUUCAAUGCCUUUGAUCUAUUCCAUUCGGACUUCAGCGAAGAAGCCGCCUUAGAUUUAUUCCUCACGUGACUCGAAUUUGAAUACAUCCUAACUACAUAUGAAGUUUGUGUCUAUUUUCAAACAUAGAUUAAACCCGCCUCGCGCUUGAUAUGAAGCUGACGACACAAUGAACAGUGCUCGGCGAUCAGAAAAGUCGUUCUUCUGUAUAUUUCUCUGUUGAAACUAAUUCAAAACAAUAAAAAUUAAUUCGCUUCGUUUCUCUAUUGCUGACCAACGUAAGUUUAGUUGGACAAAGCAACUAAAAAUAUAUCCGCAACUUGCAAGAUGUAGACAGUUUAUUUUUAUAAAUCAGCGUUUGUUUGCCCAAUGCCCAAUAUGUGUGUAUAUACGACUCAACUUUGGAUCACUGGGCCAUUCAUGCUCUGCACCAAUGGCUUCCAGUUCCUUUGAUGUGUACAUGAGCAAGUUAAAAAACUACUGAAUUCUCUCGUGUCAUAUUUAUGUAUUUAAUGCUCAGUUUAUGUAAGGAAUGUUUUGUAAUAACCCUAACUCUAGUUUUUGUUUAUAUACUCGUUUUUAUUCAGUUUAUAAGA